ACUUCCGUGUUGUCUGUCACCGUAAAGCAGGAAGCACUGUAGUAAUGUGUAGGAGGUUAUCUGGCCAGCUUGCUGUUUAACGUUACCUACAGGUGAAGUGAGAGAGAAGAAGCUACAUGGAGGCUAACUAACACAGGACCAAUCGUUGCUCGGCAAAACAGAGGAACUGCGGUACAUUAGCACCAGGAUGCCAGCCGGAGUGUGUGGCUGCUGCGGGCCGCUCAGGCCGAGGUACAAACGCCUGGUGGACAAUAUCUUCCCUGAGGACCCCAAAGAUGGCCUCAGUAAAUCGGACAUGGAGAAGCUGACCUUCUACGCUGUGUCGGCUCCAGAGAAACUGGACCGGAUCGGAGCUUACCUGGCCGAGAGGCUGAGCCGAGACGUGGUGCGACACCGCUACGGGAAUGUGGUGAUAGCCAUGGAGGCUCUGGACCAGCUGCUGAUGGCCUGCCACUCCCAGAGCAUCAAACCCUUCGUGGAGAGUUUCCUGCAAAUGGUGGCCAAGCUGCUGGAGUCCAGAGAGCCAGACCUGCAGGUCCUGGGGACCAACUCGUUUGUGAAGUUUGCCAACAUUGAGGAGGACACGCCGUCUUACCACCGCCGCUACGACUUCUUCGUGUCCCAGUUCAGCGCCAUGUGCCACUCUACUCAUGAAGAUACUGAGACCAGGACCAGGAUCCGUGUGGCCGGGAUCAAAGGUCUGCAGGGCGUGGUGAGGAAGACGGUGAAUGAUGAGCUGCAGGCCAUCAUCUGGGAGCCUCAGCACAUGGACAAACUGAUCCCGUCCAUGCUGUUCAACAUGCAGGACAGCGAAGACCUGGACAGGGCGGGGCACCCCAGCACGCCUUCAGGGUCAGUGAGUCAGGACGGCGAAGAAAACCCGGCGGCGUUGGCGGAGAGCUGCUUCCGAGAGCUGCUGGGCCGGGCCGCCUACGGCAACAUGAACAACGCUGUCCGGCCCGUGCUGGUUCACCUGGACAACCACCACCUGUGGGACCCCAACGAGUUUGCUGUUUCCUGCUUCAGAAUCAUAAUGUACUCCAUCCAGGCUCAGCACUCCCACCACGUCAUCCAGCAGGUUCUGAAUCACCUGGACACCCACAACAAGAACACGCCGCGGGCCCGCGCCGGCAUCGUCCAGGUCCUCCUGGAGACGGUGGCCAUCGCCGCCAAAGGCUCAGUGGGGCCCACAGUGCUGGAGGUGUUCAACACUCUGCUCAAACACCUGAGGAUGAGCGUGGACUUUGAGCUGGGCGAGAGCUCGAGGAGAAACUCCAGCACCAGCGUCUCGUCUGGCCGCGGCAAAGAGAGCGAAGAGAGAAUCGUCCAGAACGCCAUCAUCCAGACCAUCGGCUUUUUCGGUGGAAACCUGCCAGACUACCAGCGAGCUGAAGUCAUGAUGUUCAUCAUGGGCAAAGUGCCGGUGUAUGGGACACCCUGCCACACCUUGGACACCGUCAAGAUUGGGCAUCAGGGUACCAAGCGGAUCCAGACCAUGCUGCUCAGCUCCCUCAUCAUGGUAACCUCUGGCUUUAAGUCCAAGUCCAUGGCCGCUGCGUUGCCUUCCCCGUUCCUGGAUCCACUCUUCUCCAUCUCUCUGAUGGAGGACAGCGAGCUGAGGCAGCUGGUGUUCGAAAUCCUGCACAACAUCAUCGACCGCCAUGACAACCGCGCCAAGCUACGCGGCAUCAGAAUCAUCCCUAAUGUUGCAGCAUUGAAGAUUAAAAGAGAGAAGAUUUCCAAGCAAGACGUUGCAUUCAUGAAGAAGCAUGGCCAGCAGCUCUACCGUCACAUCUACCUGGGCUGUAAAGAGGAGGAUAACGUCCAUAAAAACUUUGAGCUGCUCUUCACCACGCUGGCCAUUCUGACCAUCGAGCUGGCCAACGAGGAAGUGGUCAUCGACCUCAUCCGGCUCUCCAUCGCUCUGCAGGACAUGGCUCUGGCUAACGAGGAGAGCAUGCCGAUGUUCAUCCGCUGUGGCAUCAUGGCGUUGGUGGCGGCGUACCUCAACUUCCUGAGCCAGAUGAUCGCAAACCCUCCCUUCUGUCAGCACGUCAGCAAGGUUAUUGAGCUGAGGAGCAUGGAUGCUCAGCACCUCCUCCCUGAACACAUCUUCAGAGACAAGUGUCCAAUCCCUGAAUCUCUGGACAAGGAGGACCGACUGCUGUACUUCCAGACAGCCGACAUGGCCGAGUGUCUGGCAGGACCGGGAUACAACGCAGAAAGACUCUCCAUUCCCUACAUCCCGCAGGUCACAGAUGAAGAUCGUCUGACCAGGAGGAAGAGUUUUGUAGACACAAUCUCCCUUCAAGUGGACAUCGUGUCCAACAGCCUUCCAGACAAGUCCCAGCUAGCGGAGGAGAUCACGUUCGAGACCCUGAAGAAAGCCAUCGAUACCACGGGGCUGGAGGAGCAGGAGAGGGAGAAGAGGCGUCAGGUGAUGGAGAAGUUCCAGAAAGCUCCGUUUGAGGAGAUUGCUGCCCACUGCGAGUCCAAGGCCAACAUGUUGCAGGACCGGCUGGCGCAAAUCUUUGAACUUACAAUAAGGCCUCCACCCAGCCCGUCCGGAGUGGUUUCCAUCUCAUCGGGACACACUCAGCACCAGUCGGUCCCCGUCUACGAGAUGAAGUUUCCAGACCUGUGUGUCUACUGAUAACUCUGCAAUAACAUCACACACAGACACACACACACACACACACACAACUUCACAAAAGAAAUGAAGAGAGAAAUAACUACACAAUCACAAGUUUCCUCUACUCAGACCAGCACAAGGAUGUCACGCAAAAUGCAGCAAAACAGCCAUUUUCAAUUUGAUAUAAAGCCGAGUUUGCCUAUGCAAAAAAAAACUAAACUUCCUUAAUUUCGUCUCUUCUAUCUUUAAAUCCAACUCAGUUUGACAUUUCGUUUGCGAGCCAAAAAUGUCAAAACGGUACUUCUGAAUCCUUUAAAAACCUCUCGUUCUGCUCUUUAUUAAUUACUUGGAUCCCUUAUUACGCCUGAAGCAGACGGUGUUAAACCCUCCAGCCCUACAUAAACUGAUUUGCUGCAUUUUGUUGCCUGACUCUCAUCACUGAAACUAAAAGAAAACCUAUGAGUCAAGAACAAAAGAAAAGAACAGCUUCCGCUCUUGAGAUUUCAGUGUAUAGACGCUUAAUCGGAUGUUGCUUCACACCUUGUACAGUACAUACACCGUAGUCUACAAUUACACUCUCGUACGAACGGCUGAAACCAGUUUCAAUCUUAAAACUUGAGUCUGGUUUUAGGUGUGACGCUCUUAUAUUCAGAGCCAGCUUCUGCCUCUUCAGUAUGUGUUCUCAUGUUGAUAAGUAGGCAUCACAAAUAGGUGAAAACGUACAAUAUAUAUUCACUGUCAUAGGAAAAUAACUUCACCGGUGGUAGAAGGUAGAUUAAUUUUAGGCUCACCACUGUUCAGGCUACUCAGUCUUUGCUAUUUAAAGGUAUACAAGCAUGGGAACUACCAGCUGAGUUGUCAGAGAUAAAAGAAAAGCAAUAAACUGCUUGGCAGAGACUCUCCAAAGAGACAAGCUAAAGGGUGUUUAGUUUUCAACGCUGCUCGAUAGAAAUGGCUCGCUCACGCUUGGCGAUUUUGGGUUUGCUUCGGAUGUGGUGCGUUCCAGAGCUCCUGAAAGUGUCAAAUAUUCAGACUGAGAUGUUGGAGAGCUUCAGCGUAACUGUGCGAAACCUUUGCGAAUCAGACCAAAGUAGCUUUUUGAAAUUCCUUUUAUCAUCAUUGAGUAACGUUAUCUCUGUCAAAAACACCUGUUUGGUAAAUGGUUCAACUUGAGUUUAAAUAUGUUAUAGUUACAGUUGACAUGCAAGGCUAUGCUCGUACUUGGCGUCUUUUUUGAAGCUGCCAGCGUCUGUCUUACGUUAUAGUCCUAGUGUGGAGUAAGCCCUGUUUUCAAUGAAGUCCUGA